AUGUCAAAUCCAUACGAUAGCAAUGCCAUACGUCCAACCAGCUCGAUAGUCGAAGUAAACUCGAAUGAUCCAAGUCACACGCACAAGACUCAACAAUCUCCAUCAUCUGAUCUCGAGUACAACAAGACCGAAAAGUACAUUACUGAAGAAAAUGCAACCACUGAUGAAUUAUCAAAAGAGAUAAGUGAAUACGACAAUGCACAACUCGAAGCCAACACAAACACAACAACCACUAACCCCAAAAGUCAUCUUUCAUAUUGGCAACGAUUCAAGUUGAAAUUUCCUUGGUAUAAAAUCGCAUUUCAAAUUUUUUUAGGAUGCUUCUUCACAUCAUGGUGGUUAUCAAUCGUUAUUCAAAAGAAGCAUCGUCAUCAAUGGUUGAUCCCCACUGUGUUAUGGGGGAUGAUUAUGGUUCGUUUAAUAACAUGGCACUGUCGGAUAUUACCCUGGUGUUUAAAACAAGUUAAAUAUGUUUGGGAUUUUUGUUGUGAUAUUAUAUACACUAAAUUGUUCCCACAACGCUAUCAACGAUUAUUAGCUGGGGCAACCAUUGUUAUUGCUGUUGUAUUGUUGGGUACUUUUAUCCCCACAGAAACUGAUUUCUCCAAAAGACCUGAUCGUGCUGUAUCAUUUUUUGGUUGUUUGGUUGCCAUUUUUGGAUUAUUUGUAACUUCGAAAAACCCAAAACGGAUUCAAUGGAAUACGGUGAUUGGUGGGUUCUUAAUGCAGUAUAUCGUGGCGUUAUUUGUGUUGAGAACCAAAUGUGGGUUUGAUGUAUUUAAUUUCAUUUCAACAUUAGCUAGAGAGUUGUUGGGUUUUGCUAAAGAUGGUGUGGCAUUCUUAACUAAUCAAGAUAUUGCGAAUAAACCAUGGUUCUUUUUCACAGUUUUACCAUCAGUGGCUUUCUUUGUCGCUUUUGUUCACAUUUGGUACUACUUUGGUGUUAUUCAAUGGGGAAUUCGUAAAUUUGCAUUCUUCUUUUUCUGGUCAUUGCGAGUAUCAGGUGCUGAAGCAAUGACAGCUGCUGCUUCGCCUUUUAUUGGGAUCGGUGAAUCGGCAAUUUUGAUCAAAGAACUUAUGCCUUAUUUAACGAAAGCGGAGUUGCAUCAAGUUAUGACUUCGGGGUUCUCAACAAUUUCCGGUGCUGUAUUGGUGGGGUAUAUUGGAUUAGGGUUGAAUCCACAAGCAUUGGUUAGUUCCUGUGUAAUGUCGAUUCCGGCAUCUUUAGCAGUAUCCAAAAUGAGGUUCCCCGAAACUGAUGUACCUGUAUCCAACGGGAAAGUUAUGAUCACCAAUGAUAAAGAUAUAGACGGCGAAGAAGAUUUAGACAAGCCCCAAAAUGUGUUGCAAGCUUUUUCCAAUGGUGCAACUUUGGGGUUGAAGAUUGCUGGAACCAUGAUGAUUCAAUGUAUGUGUAUUAUUGCCCUUGUUGCCUUGUGCAAUGGUAUCUUGACAUGGUUUGGAAACUACUGGAACAUUCAUGAGUUAUCUUUGGAACUCAUGUUGUCAUAUUUAUUUUACCCCAUUGGGUUCCUUUUAGGUACCCCAAGAAAUGAGAUUUUGUUGGUUACUAAAUUGAUUGCUUACAAAUUUGUUCAAAAUGAAUACGUUGCUUACAAUUUGUUGAUCAAUGAAGCCCCAUAUAAUCAAUUGUCACCUAGAGGUACAUUGAUUGCUACUUAUGCUUGUUGUGGGUUUGCAAAUUUGGGUAGUUUGGGUAUCACCUUGGGGGUAUUGAAUACGUUGACUAAUAAUUCAAGAGCAAAAGAUAUCUCGCAAAAUAUCAUAUCAGCGUUAUUUUGUGGUGGUAUUGCUACCCUUACUUCAGCAGCAAUUUCAGGAAUGGUUUUGCAUGACUUGAAAAAUUUUAUAAAUUAG